GCUUUGUAGGACUGGUGGCUGGUGAAUCUUGACAGUCAUCAAUGUUUCACAGAAACGAAGAUCUCGUGAAAGAUGUAGUUCAUUUAAGAAAUCAAUUAAGGAUAACGGAGAUCAAUUUGCAGUCUGUGGGGGAACAGCUGAGUGGCAGCACCAGCUCACACUCAGACCACAGUCCUCAGCGCGAUCAACCAGGUGGCCUGACACUGGAAGACCUCCAGCAGCCUGAUGUCACUCAGCCACCAACAAGCACUCCCACUGUCCCAGAGACCUCAGUUGGGAUGGCUGAACAGAAGGCCAGUGGCAGUGCAUCACUCACAGACCCCAGGCCACCCUCAGCCAGGGAUGCUGAGAUGGAAAACCAUCAGCUCAGGAGGACGCUCAGCAGCAUCCGUGAGGAGAACUCCUGUCUGGUGCUGGAGAACCAGAAGCUGGCCAACGAACUGGAGGCUGUACAGCUUGAACUUGCUGGCUCCAAGACCAAGAUCCGGCUUCUGGGCACCACCAUCGGCUCCAAGACCUCCAGUGUGUCAGUGAUGAAGGAGCAAAUACUGGGCUUGGAGGCUGAGGUGGAAGCCCAUGCCAAUGCACUCAGGGCGGCAGAGCAGAGGCUGGAGGAGAGUCAGCAGGCGGUGGUCAUGAGCAGCAGACUGGUCAACAAGCUGAAAGAUGAGCUCAAGUCUGUCAAAGCUGAAUUAGCACAGAGAACCAGUAAAGGGAAAAGAGCUGAGCAGCAAAGGAAUGAAGCUCUCCGUAAUGCUGAGAAGCUGACAGUGGCUUUUAAAGAAUACAAAGAAAACGUUUCAGAAAAACUCCAGAAGGUCAUUGAAAAUGAGGUCAAACUGAAGGAGAGCCUGAUUGAGUGUGACAGGGAGAGAGAAGAGCUGGAAUGCAAGUGUUCUAAGCUGGAGCAGGAGCAGGCAGAUAUGACUCAGCUGAUCCAGCAGCUGAAGGAAAACUCCAGUAAGAUGCAGGCGGUGAGUGUGGAGAAUGCGGCUGUGAAAAGGGAGAACAGAGACCUGCGUGCCCACAGCGCCUCGCAGGAGCAGAAGCUGGCCCGCUGCCUGCGGGAGGCGGAGGAGAGCCGGGCGGAGCUGGCCAGCCUGGAGGCCAUCCUCAGCCUGCUGCACCUGCGAGAGGGUGAAGGCGGAGCUCUGUGUGCAAAGCCAUGUAUCCUGCCUCCUGUGCCACACCCAUCAGAGAGUGCCCUCCAUGACAACCGGCCAGGGGAGCGGUACCAGCAGCUGCUGCCCGCCCUGCAGGCGCUGGAGCAGGAGAGGAGCAGGCAGGCAAGCCUGGUGUCGAACCUGCAGGAGAGGCUGAGCAGGGCCCAGGAGGAGAUCUCCACCCUGCAGUGCAGCAUGGCCCAGCGGGCCAGCCACUUCCAGCACAUCCACAACGAGCUGAUGGAGAAGGCCAACGAGGCCACCCAGCUGGAGAGGGAGACGAAAAAGAAGAACACCCGGCUAACAGCCUUGGAGAAGCAGUUGCAUGAGAAGACCACGGCUUACUCAUCGGCUGCAGUGAAGAACUGCGAGUUGGAGCAGACUCUGCUGGAAAAGACCUACCGUGUCCAGCACUUAGAAUCCCUCUUAAGCAAAAAGCAGAAGGACUACCAGCAGGCUCUGGAGAAGUCCAAGAAAGCAAGUUUUGAGCAGGUCAAGCAACUCCAGGACCAAAUAGAACUGCUGCAGCUGUCUCUGGGUCAGAAGCAGGCACAGGUGCUGCAGCUGGAGCAGGGCCUGUCUGUGGCACAGCAGGAGAAGCAGGACGCCCUGCGCAGAGUCGACCUCCUGCAGGCUUCCCUGUCCCAGGCCGCACAGGAGAAGGAGAUGAAGGUGAUACAGAUGGAGAAAGCUGUGAAGCAUUUUGAAGAGCAGGCUUCAGAAUCUGCGGCCAAGGUCAGGAGUCUGGAGACGGCACUUUCGUCAUGCAGGAAUGAACUGAACAUCUAUCUGCAGCAGAUGGAGGAGGCCAAGGUGCAAUAUGAGAAGCAGAUCGAGGUCAAGUCUAAAGAGGUGGUGACCCUGGAGGAGGAGAUAAGGAGCGACGCUCUGGCCUCCAAGGCUUCUGACAAACACAUCAUGCAGCUACAGUACACCCUGCAGCAGCAGCAGACCAUGCUACUGGAGAGCAGCGCCAGGGUCUCUGAGCUGGAGGACAGCCAGGCCCAGCUGCAGAAACAGGUUUCACAGCUGGAGCAGCAGCUGGAGGUGGAGAGGGCGGUGACCGCCCAGGAGCUGCAGAGGAGAGCGCAGGAGACCAGCCGGGAGGUGCAGACAAAGGAGAGAGAGAGAGACAAGCUCAAUGAAUCCCUCGCGCAGCUGAAGGCGGAGAUGAGCAAGACGCGGGACGAGCUGACGCAGAUGGAGAAGGAGCUGCUUCUGCUGCGGAGAGACAGCAGCGCCAAGGCCUCCCAGAUCAGCCAGAUGGAGGAGAUGCUGCAGGAGACCCAGGGCCUGCUGGAGAAGAAGUCAGAGAUGGUGAUGGACCUGGAGGAGAAGCUGCACCGCAGCGAGAUGGACCGCCGCAACUCGCUGCAGCAGACGCAGCUGCUGGAGAGCCAGCUGAGCAGCGUGCGGGGCGAGCUGGCCGACACGCGCGGCCACCUGCAGACGCUGCAGGACGUGCUGCAGCAGACGCAGCUGGCCUGCGAGGAGCACGUCGUCGCCAAGGAGAGGCUGGCCGAGGACCUCAGUGAGAGCCAGAGGGAGCUGGAGGAACGUACCCACGAGAUCCUGGACAUGGACACGGCACUCCGGGAAAGACAGGAAGAGCUGCAGAAGAGAGCACUCCAGUUCAGCCAGCUGGACAUGAACAUCAAAGAAUACAAGCAAGAGAUGCAGGAGAAGGUCCUCAACCUACAGAAGGCACUGGAGAAGUCGGAAAAAGAGCUUCAGGAGCGUACCAAGCAUGUGGAGUUCCUCAGCGAGCAGUUAGAGAUGGCCAAGUCGCAGCUUCAGGGGAAGGACAGCCUAGAAAAGGAUGCUCGAGAGCAAGGCCAGCAGCUGCGUCUGUGUCGUGAGCAGCUGCAGACGACUGCGCAGGAACUGCAAGAGACACGCAGUCGCUGUGACAGCCUCGCCAGGGAGCUCGACAGUAACAGCCAGCUGCUCCAUGAGAGGGACGCCGAGCUGAGGCAGGUGGUGCAGGAGCUGGCGGCGGUGGAGGUCCGGGCGGCCCGCAGGGAGGCGGACCUGCAGGCCACAGUGGCCUCCCUGAAGAACGAGCUGGAGCGUCUGAAGGAGGAGCACCGCAAGGAGCUCUCGGCUCACCAGCAGAGUCGGACCCAGCUGCUCAAGUUUUCAAAGUCUGGCAAAGGGGCAGCUCGAGUUGAGCAGCUGGCUGAGCAGCUGAAGGUGAAGGAUGUCCAGCUGGAGGAGGCCCAGCGGCAAGUCAGCAGCCUUCAGGACCAGCUGCAGAAAGCAGGCGAUGCUCUGCUGCUCAAGGAGUCUGAGAUCACGCGCCUCCGGACUAAGAUCUCCAGCUAUGACAGAAGUGCGGAGCUGCAGACUGCCCCGCAGAAGCAGACUGCCCCGCAGAAGCAGACUGCCCCGCAGAAGCAGACUGCCCCGCGGCAGCGUGAAUCUGUUCCACAGAUCACCCCACAGGAGCCUGAACCCGCUCCACAGAAGGCCCCCCAGCAGCGCGAGCCUCUUCCCCAGCCGGAGGCUGCACCGUCCAGCCUCCAGGAAGAGCAAGGUGACUCCUCCAUCUGGGCGGACGAUGACUUUGUGGACCUCGGCCAGAACAUGCAGGACAGCGCAGAGGCCCCCUACAACUGGCAGGGUCAGAGCCAGCUGGAGGCCACCUCCUCCGAAGCCUCCUUCAACCCCUUCACCUACAUGGCCAACGAGGACACGGUUGAGGAGUCCUCCAGCCAGCAUUCACAGGACUUUGAUUUCAGAGACGCACUGAGUUUCUUCAGGCUCUCCAUGGGAGAGAACCCCUCUCAAUGGACGUCCAGCUCAGACACUGAGAGCUCGCCUCAGGAACAGCAGGGAGACCUAAGGGAAGAGGACCAGUAUUCUCCAGGGGACAUAUAACACAACGACUGUAUGGACAAAAACAAUUGUAGCCAGUGGUAAUUGACUUUCACACUUUCCUGUCUGUAAAAACAAAAUUGUUCCUGUGCCUUUUUUUUUUUAACUUUGAAAGUGCGUUAUCAGAACUGAAUGAACUUGACUUGAACACCGUCUGUGCAAAUGCAAAUUUGCAGAUUUCCCCUGAACUUGUUUCUUGUUUGUUGAAUUCACAACUAGAUUGCGUUAAUCAGAUUCCUGGAGCUGUUGUGUCUAAAAGAGAUGUAGGAUCUAAAUGAUUGUACUGAAAACAGGUGUAUGUUUACAGAAUUUUCCUGUUGUCUCUAUCAACAGCAAGAAGUUUUGUGAAAUCAAAACUUUGUUCCACCAGCAAAUAACCCUAAAACAAUUUUCCCAUUGGACAUUAGUUUAGUCUAAUUUGACCUAUCAGCAAGAGGAUUUUGUAGUAAAUUGAACAUGUAAACCCAGGCCAGAGAGUGUAGCAGAAUGAAUUUUAGAGUUGAUAAAAAAUCUAUUUCCAUCUCAGGUUUAUAUUGUCAGAGGCCAUAAUGGCAGUCAGCCUUUUAACUCUAGGCCAUUCAAACUCAAA